CACUGCUUCACUGCGCAUGACAUCAACCAAUACAACACACAUAGUGUUGAGUCGCCGUAACAGUAAUCCUGUGAUUGUCUGCUAUGCAGUGUUGACCACCGCUUACCACAUGAGACACCAUUACCGGCCUAUUAUCAGCCUCUGGAGGCACAUGUCCUCCCAGGCCAAGGCACCAAUACAUCCAAAGGUUCCGCAAAGAAGA